UGAAGGAGUCCAUACUUCAUUGGCCCAGCACCGAGUUGUCUGUUGACGUAUCUUUUGUUUUGCUCUUUCGUUUUCUAUUCCAAACCCCCCAAAACCCCAAAAGCCUCAAGCCCUCAAGCACCCAAGCAAAAAUGGCGUUGUAUCGCAUCCUUUACCGCACCUUCUCCACCUCGACCUCCGCACAGCCGAACUCCGCCACCACCAUAAAGUCCAUUUCCAGUGAUUUGUUCAAAGAACGCAACCUCAAACGCCUCGUCGACAACUUCAAGAAGUCCUCCGAGCAGUAUCGCUUCCGAACCAAAACCGGCAUCUACGAAAACACUGUUCGCCGCCUAGCUUCCGCCAACCGCUUCCGAUGGAUCGAAGAGAUCCUUGAAGAUCAAAAGAAGUAUAUAGAAUCCUCCAAGGAAGGCUUCGCUGCUCGCAUCAUUACGCUCUAUGGGAGGUCGGGGUUGUUCGAGAACGCCAGGAAGGUGUUCGACGAAAUUCCUGAAAGCAAACGCUCCGUGUUGUCUUUUAAUGCCCUUUUGUCGGCCUGUGUUCACUCGAAGAAGUUCGAUAUGGUUGAUGGGUAUUUCAGAGAGAUGCCGAAAAAAUUGUCGAUAGAACCUGAUUUGGUGUCAUAUAAUACCAUUAUCAAGGUGUUUUGUGAGAUGGGUUCUUUGGAUUCGGCAGUUUCAGUUAUUGAUGAGAUGGAGAAGAAGGGUUUAGAACCGGACUUGGUGUCCUUCAAUACACUUUUGAAUGGAUUGUAUAGGAACGGUAGGUUUUCAGAUGCUGAAAAGAUAUGGGGUCUAAUGGAGAAGAAGAAUAUUGUUCCGGAUAUAAGGACCUAUAAUGCUAAGUUGCUUGGAUUGGCUUCAGAAAAUAAAACAAAAGAAGCAAUUAAUCUAACUGGGGAAAUGAGGACCAAGGGGAUAGCACCUGAUGUGUAUAGCUUCAAUUCGGUGAUCCAAGCGUUUAUCAAUGAGGGGAACUUGGAGGGAGCAAAGCAGUGGUACGGUGAAAUAAGAAAGAAUGAUUGUGCUCCAGAUAAAGUGACAUACGAGAUACUUGUUCCCUUUGUUUGUAAGAAAGGUGAUUUGGAUUUUGCUUCUCGGCUCUCUGAGGAAAUUUUCAACAGGCGGUUUCUUUUGGAUGCGGCAAUAUUGCAGCUUGUGAUUGAUGAAUUGGUCAAGACCUCGAAAAUUGAGGAAGCAAAGAAGCUUGUGGAGCUUGGGAAGAACAAUAGUCACCGUAAGUACAAACUGAAGUUGCCUUCCGACGGCUAAUUUGGCCUUAUCAAUUUUUGUUCUUUGAUGUUUGUUAUAUCGUCUGUGUUACUAGAAGCAAUUGUUGGAAAAAAAAAACAGGGGGAAUUUUUUUUUAUUUUUUUGUUUUAAUUUUUUUGAGUAAACUUGAGCAAGUAGUGACCUUGCACUCGUCAGCUUUAGUUUUCCCUUUCAGAUCAGGUUCUUUAUUUAUUUGCUUUGUCCCAGUGAUAAUUUGCGUGCUUUUCCUAA